AUGCCGCACACAUGUGACCAGUGUGGAAAAGUGUAUGCAAAACCUGCCAGACUGAAACAACACUACAGAACUCACACGGGGGAAAGACCGUACAGUUGUGACCAGUGUGGGAAGAAAUUUACAGAAUCUCGUUCCUGCAAACGACACAUGAGAGUCCACACAGGGGAAAAAGCGUUUAGAUGUGACAUUUGUGAGAAGACCUUUUCACAGUCGGGCUCCUUAGCAACACACAUGGGCAUCCACACGGGAGAGAAGCCAUAUGAGUGUGACCAGUGUGGGAAGGAAUUUAGAGUUUCUAGCAGCUUCUAUCGACACAUGAGAAUCCACAGAGCAGAGAAACCAUUUGAAUGUGAGCAGUGUGGGAAGAAAUUUACAGAGUCUGGUCAUCUCCGUCUGCACUUGAGAAUCCACACAGGAGUGAAACCGUUUAAAUGUGAACACUGUGGGAAGGCAUUCUGCGACUCCUCUGCUCGUCGUAACCAUGAGAAGAUCCACACAGGGGAAAAAUCGUACAGAUGUGAUGUGUGUGACAGGGCAUUUUCACAGUUGGGCACCCUAGAAGCGCACAGGAGAAUCCACACAGGAGAGAAACCGUUCAGAUGUGACAAGUGUGGGAACGCUUUCUCUCAAUUAGCAAGUUUUAAUAGACACAUGAGAACUCACUACUGGCACAGACUGUACGAGUGUGACCAGUGUGGAAAGGUCUUUAAAACGUCCCAGGAACUCUCCGGUCACUACCGAACGCACACGGGAGACGAAGCAGGUGACCGUGAAGGAGGGAAGGCUUUGAAGUCCAUGAGGAAACAUCUGAAACAAGAGAAAAGCUGCAGCUUUGACCAGUGUGGGCCUAAAGUCAGACUCAAGAAAGUUAGAGAUCAGGCUUCAGAGACUCCAGACUGUGAACUGAGCUCUUUGUAA